GAGAACUAAACAAAACUUAUUAAGCUUUGGAAAUGUCUAUACAACCAUAAGAUUGGGAAAAGAUAAAUCAGGGAGACGGAGAGAGUAACGCAUCUCUACAAGACAGAUGGGUUCAUCUUCAAGUUGCUGUGCUGGUGAGAAGGUUGAUGAGGGUGGAGGAUUUUCACCAAAUGUGGGUGCCCAUGGUUGGAGGAUAUUCACGUACAAGGAACUGAAUGCUGCGACAAAUGGAUUCAGUGAAGAUAACAAGCUCGGGGAAGGAGGCUUUGGCAGUGUUUACUGGGGAAAAACCUCUGAUGGUCUUCAGAUUGCUGUGAAAAAGUUAAAAGCCAUGAACUUAAAGGCGGAGAUGGAAUUUGCUGUGGAAGUUGAAGUUCUUGGACGAGUUCGGCACAAAAACCUGCUUGGUCUUAGGGGUUACUGUGCCGGAACAGACCAACGACUUAUAGUUUAUGAUUACAUGCCAAAUCUUAGCUUGCUAUCUCAUCUACCUGGCCAGUUUGCAAGUGAAGUUCAACUGGACUGGAAAAGGAGAAUGGAUGUGAUUAUUGGUUCAGCUGAAGGCCUUUUGUACUUGCACCAAGAAGUGACACCCCAUAUAAUUCACAGAGACAUAAAAGCUAGUAAUGUACUCUUAGAUUCAAAUUUCGAUCCGUUAGUGGCUGAUUUUGGGUUUGCCAAGUUAAUCCCGGAUGGUUAUCUAGCACCGGAAUACGCAAUGUUUGGUAGAGUAUCCGAGAGCUGUGAUGUCUACAGUUUAGGUAUCCUUGUACUGGAGAUUCUCACAGGAAGAAAGCCCAUAGAGAGAUUGCCCGGAGGAGUAAAGAGAACCAUCACGGAAUGGGCUGAACCGUAUAUAAUGAAAGGAAGGUUUAAAGACUUGGCUGAUCCAAAAUUACGUGGGAAUUUCGAUAUAAACCAAUUGAAACAAGCGAUAAAUGUCGCAGCAUUGUGCGUUCAAACUGACCCCGAGAAUCGACCUAAUAUGAAAGAAGUUGUCAAGUUUCUUAAGGGUUCUGAUGGCAAAGAUAAAAUAUUGGAAAUGAGAAUUGAUAGUGUCAAGUAUAGAGAUGAUCAAGGAACUACUGAUGAUGAUAACGACAAUGACAAUGUGGAUCGAAGAGGCAAAGUUGUUGGAGACGAAAGCGAUGGGUAUGGUGUUUUUGGUGCAAUGGAGAUACAAAAGAUGAAUGAUCCUUACGUGAGGAAAAACGAUGGAAGUAAAAGGAUAUUUGGGUGAGAUUAAGCAAAACAAAAAACACAUUCAUUCCACUUCUACAGUUUGAUAAGGUAAACUUCAAGGUAUUUUGGCUCCGGUUUCUACAUAAAAAAACAGCAAUGGAAAUAGUUUUAUUCGGAUGUGUAAGUAGGGUAUGCAUAUAUUUCCUAAUGCCUUUCUUUUCUUUCUACUUGUUGCAUACUUGGUUAGUUGGUUAUACUAUUUGAGUGCAAAUUAUGACUCUUACCAAAUGUAAUGAAAACCCUUAUCACUACUUGUGUCUUUUGUAUAAUUAGGCUUUCAUUGGCUUCCAAAGCAAGGCAGAAUCAUUUACAUUAUCUCGUUCGCAUACACAGACGAGCACUUUGCUUGUUUCACAAAUAUCACCUAUCCAACACACUUUUUCUAAAUUUAAACACCAACAACCUAAGACAAAUACAGCAGCUCACUGUGAUC